GUUUGCUACAUGUACCGUAAGGACAAGACAAACUAUGGACGAUCGUGACAAACAUUCAGACUCUGAUUCCCAAGGAGAAGAGAGCCCAUUUUCCAACUCACAAAAUCAUGGGGCGGUCCAUAGUCAUUUAAUUGAAUCUGUUCGGCCCUUGAUUGAGUUGAUUGACUCUCUGAGAUUGAUUGGCAUUGAUAAAGACAUUGGUUUGCCAACCAUUGCAGUGGUGGGAGAUCAGAGUUCUGGAAAGAGUUCUGUUAUAGAGGCUCUCUCAGGGGUGUCUCUACCUAGAGGAAGUGGUAUCGUUACUCGCUGUCCUCUUGAGUUGAAAUUACGGAAGAUCCAAAAAGGAACAUGGUCAGGAAUCAUAUCAUACAGUGGUCACAAAGAGACCUUUCAUGACCCAUUAAAGGUGGAUCACCUUGUUAGAGAAGCUCAAAACAUGCUUGCUGGAAAUACAGUUGGAAUCUGCGAUGAACUCAUCACUUUAGAGAUUUCAUCUCCUUAUGUGUGUGACCUCACUCUGAUUGAUCUCCCUGGUAUAACCCGUGUUCCUGUGCAUGGUCAACCAGAGGAUAUUGGAGAUCAGAUCAAAACCUUAAUACUGAAAUAUAUUGACAAAAGAGAAACCAUCAAUCUAGUUGUUGUACCCUGCAAUGUGGACAUAGCGACAACAGAAGCACUAAGAAUGGCACAAGAAGUAGACCCAGAAGGACACAGAUCGCUUGCAAUUCUCACAAAACCAGAUCUCAUUGACAGAGGAGCAGAGAUUGAUGUUUUAAACAUUGUGCAGGGCAAAAUCAUUCCUCUCAGCAAAGGUUACAUUAUCGUGCGAUGUCGUGGUCAGAGUGACAUCAACAACAAAAUCCCUCUUGAUAAAGCCAUGCAGAUGGAAAUUAAAUUCUUUAAGAACCACCGUUAUUUCAGCUCUCUACUGGAUGAUGGAAAAGCGUCUACUCAAUGCCUGGCAGACAAGCUGACAAAAGAACUGGUUGAUCAUAUCAAGAAAUCACUACCAUAUUUGACUGAGCAGAUUCAGACAAGGCUACUCAAUGUGCAAAGAGAGCUUAAAUCCUAUGAGCAGGGUCCUCCUCUGGAAGAGGAAUUAAUGGGACCUUUUCUCAGUGAGAUCAUAAUGGAGUUCAGCGAUCAAAUUCAUGAAUUGAGCAGGACAGGGAAUUCAAAAAACAAAAACAUUUACACCCUUCUACGUCCUGUGUUCAAGAAAUGGGACGUCUACCUGAGAGGCACUGAAGUGUCAUUCACUGCAAAAGUGAAGGAAAUGAUAGACAGGUAUAAUGAGAUGCAUCGUGGCAGAGAGCUGCUAACUUUCAGUGAAUACUGUGAAUUUGAGUGUGUCAUCAAAGACCAUGUGGCAGCUCUUCAAGAGCCAGCUGUGGCAACCCUGAAGCAUAUACGAGAGAUUGUUCAGAAUGAGUUCAAGGAGUUAUGUUGUUCAUCUUUUGAACAGUACCCUCAACUUAGAUACAUUGUCUCUAACAUGGUUAAUGACAUUCAGUCAAAACAAGAGUCCAAAGUGGAGAAAAGAAUAAGGGAACUUAUUAAUAUGGAGCAACUGAUCUUUACUCAAGACAAGGUGUUACAACAGAAACUUAACAGCUCAGACAUCCCUAAGGAGGCUGGACUGGACUCUAGUGACGAGAACCUCUAUGAAGAUGAUGACACAAUUUAUAAUUCCAAAGGCUGUGCCUUGUUGGAUACUAGAAAUCUAACUCCAGACAAACUGGUUCUCUACCAUGAGAUAGUCUAUCAACGCCUGACAGACUAUGUACCCAUGCUGAUAAUUCUCUUCAUGCUGAAGGAUGCAGCCAAUAUCUUGCGGCAUCAGAUGAUGGAACUGAGGAACGAGGCAGAUGUGGUCAAACUGCUGAGUGAAGACUCAGAGAGAGGUCGCAUGAGAGCUGAUCUAAAGCAUCGUCUUGACCGUCUCACACAAGCUCAAGACCUGAUCAGCACCAGACUCUAAGACAGCAGAGUUCUUAAUACAUUUUGUGUCAGGCCUAAGUAAUAAUAAAAAUAAAAAAUACAUUGUGCAUCUAUAUUGUUAAACCAAAAAAAUAUUGUUAACCCAAACUGUUAUUUUUUUCUUUGGAAUAAUGUGCACAGUUUAAUAAUUCCUAAUCAUACUUGAAUGUAUAUUAAUAAAGAGGGCAAUUUUGUUUUUAUCGGUAGCUGAUGGACAACGAGAGAGAAUUCAUAGUUAUUGUUGUAACAAUAGUUAUUGUAUUAACACUUAAAUAAAAAUUAAUUCUGUCUUUUAACACAAAAUGUACUUUAAGUUGUAACACCUAUAUAAAAUGUAUUCUAGUCACAAAAAAAUAAAAAAAUUACUGAUUAAACCAUUGUGUUAAAUUUACACAUUUGGCAGACGCCUUUCUCCAAAAUUACUUUCAGUGCAUAUAGGAUAUAUUCAACCCAGUCUCAUGAAAAGUCUCACGAGUUAGCUAUUUCGUAUGAUUUCAUAUGUGUUGGUUCAUAUAAAUUUGUAUGAUUUCAUCACAUGCAAAUGCCCGGAUGUCUAAAGCAGAUGUAAGUGUGAGUUUUGCGCACAAGGCGUUAAGGACAUACUUAUUCAUAUUAUGCCCUUACCCAAACAUGAUCUCAGUCGUACAAUAUCAUACUGUAACGGGGGUUAAGAUGGGCAAGGAGGAGGCGAGAA